AUUCUCCGGCUAUGGCGUCUUCCUGAAGCUGAGCCGGGCUUGCGGACCAGGCGCUGUUUUCUCUGGCUGUUUAAACAUGAUGUAUUGAUGUUAAAGGAAGGCAGCUUUGCUGCAGUCUCCUCCUCGGUGGCCCGGACCCCUCCGCCGACUUGGACUGGCCAGAGCUGCAAGAAAAGGCGGGGAAGGGGGGCAGAUCUGUGAAGGUAUCCACUGGUCACAAUAUCAUGCUGUGAAUUGACAGGGAGAUUGGCAGCCAGGAAGCUGGGAGAAUGUGCUACUUUUCCCCCAACAUUGUAAAUGUUCAUCUGAGAAAUUGGAACAGGAAAUCAGAAUAAAGGAGGAGGAAAUUUGUGCAGAAAGUGGAAUUUACUCCGCAAAGUGGGUAUUCUUAUUGGAAGAAUUUUUUGUCAAAUCACAACACCUGCGGUGCUUUCUACCCCCGAACGCCCGAGUUAGGUUUCCAAGGCAUAACCCCCGGGAGAGAAUGUCUGAUGAUCUCGCCUGGCAAGGAACUUGAACGGUCAUCUUUCAAGGCAAAGUGGCAACGGCAGUGCUGGGUUCUUCAAGAUGGCUGGGUUCAUGGCACCCAGUCUAGUGCCAGUUGAAGCCUGAAAGUGGAGGAGUGGUUGGUGGGGCGGGCGGGCGGUGAAGAGAAAGGACGAUCCCCAGCCAGAGAGCAAUGGGAUUGUUUUGCCAUGGUCACGUAGAAUAAAUGGCAGUUACUGAGGAGUGGAUUACUGCUUGCUGCUGCUGGUCAUCACUGCUAUUGUGUGGACCUCUCUCAGACUCUUCUCUGAGGCUAAAGCCACCCCGUGCUCACAAUGGUUAAUUUUUGGAAGUUUGUACGGAAUUUCCGCCAGCUGGAGCUGCACCGAUUGAUUUUAUUGCUGAUAGCGUUCAGCCUGAUCUCCAUGUGUUUCUUAGCGUACUAUGUGACCAACAGCCCGAAGAUUAAGGAGGCCCUGCCCUUGCCUAUCAGUGAUUGCAACAGUCAGCACAGAAUGUCCCUGCCUCCGCAGUCUCUCAGGCGCUUUAUGCCCGCAGUGGACACAUCGAGGACUGACCCAGUGGUCCUGGUUUUUGCCGAAAGUAUUUAUUCGCAACUAGGUCAAGAAAUUGUGGCCAUUUUGGAGUCCAGCCGCUUUAAAUAUAGGAUAGAAAUAGCCCCAGGAAAAGGGGAUGUGCCAACCUUAACAGACAAAGAUCGGGGGCGAUAUGCCCUCAUUGUAUAUGAAAACGUUCUGAAAUAUGUGAACCUGGAUGCCUGGAACAGGGAGCUGCUGGAUAAAUACUGUAUAGAGUAUAGCGUUGGAAUUAUUGGUUUCUUCAAAGCCAAUGAGAACAGCUUGCUAAGUGCUCAACUCAAGGGUUUCCCUCUGUAUCUGCACUCGAACCUCGGCUUGAAGGACUAUCACAUCAACCCAAAUGCCCCGUUACUUUACGUGACGCGGGCCAACGAAGUGGAACAGGGCCCCUUACCAGGGGAUGACUGGACAGUCUUUCAGUCCAACCACAGCACCUAUGAGCCAGUCCUCCUGGCCAGCACAAAGUCGGCAGAGUUCAUCCCCCACCUGAGCACCCACAAAGCACUGCACGCGACAGUGGUCCAGGACCUGGGACUGCACGAUGGCAUUCAGCGAGUCUUCUUUGGAAACAACCUAAACUUCUGGCUCCACAAGCUGAUCUUCGUGGAUGCGAUUGCCUAUCUUACGGGCAAGCGUCUGUGCCUGCCCCUCGACCGUUACCUCUUAGUGGACAUUGACGACAUCUUUGUGGGAAAGGAAGGGACCAGGAUGAAAGUCAUGGACGUUGAGGCAUUACUGAACACACAAAACAAACUGAAAACUCUGGUUCCCAAUUUCACCUUUAAUCUUGGAUUCUCUGGGAAGUUCUACCACACAGGGGCCAACGAGGAGGAUGAGGGUGAUGACAUGCUGCUGAAGCACAGGAAAGAGUUCUGGUGGUUUCCCCACAUGUGGAGUCACAUGCAGCCACACCUGUUCCACAAUGAGACGGUUUUAGCUGAACAGAUGAAACUGAACAAGCAGUUUGCUCUGGACCAUGGAAUCCCGAUCGAUAUGGGUUAUGCUGUGGCACCGCAUCAUUCAGGGGUGUACCCAGUUCACAGGCAGCUGUAUGAAGCAUGGAAAUCCAUCUGGGGGAUCAGGGUCACCAGCACAGAGGAAUAUCCCCAUUUAAAACCAGCGCGAUAUCGCAGAGGAUUCAUUCACAACGGUAUCAUGGUUUUGCCUCGCCAAACCUGUGGGCUGUUCACACACACCAUCUUUUAUAACGAGUAUCCAGGAGGAUCCAAGGAAUUGGACAAAAGUAUUCGGGGUGGAGAGCUCUUUCUUACAGUGCUCCUUAAUCCGAUCAGCAUCUUCAUGACCCACCUGUCAAACUACGGCAAUGAUCGGCUGGGCCUGUACACGUUUGAAAGUCUAGUGAAGUUUGUCCAGUGUUGGACCAACCUGAAGCUGCAGACUCUGCCACCAGUAAAACUGGCAGCCAAAUACUUUGAGCUGUUCCCGGAGGAGAAGGACCCCUUGUGGCAGAACCCGUGUGAUGACAAACGGCAUAAAGACAUUUGGUCCAAAGAGAAAACAUGUGACCGGCUUCCCAAGUUCUUAAUCAUCGGCCCACAGAAAACUGGUACCACAGCUUUGCACUUUUUCCUGUCCUUACAUCCCGGAGUCACAAGUAAUUUCCCCAGCCCGGUCACCUAUGAGGAGAUUCAGUUCUUCAAUGGAGCCAAUUAUCACAAAGGAAUUGACUGGUACAUGGAGUUCUUCCCAAUCCCAUCGAACGCAAGCACCGACUUUAUGUUCGAGAAGAGUGCAAAUUACUUUGAAUCUGAGGUGGUCCCCAAGAGGGUGGCAGCACUGCUGCCUCGUGUGAAGAUCAUUACCAUUCUGAUCAACCCGGCAGAGCGAGCGUACUCCUGGUACCAGCACCAGAGAGCACACCAUGACUCUGCAGCCCUGAACUACACCUUCUAUCAGGUGAUCACAGCAGGACUAGAUUCCCCGAGAGAUCUUCGUAUUCUGAAGAACCGCUGCCUGGUUCCCGGCUGGUAUGCUACCCACAUUGAACGGUGGCUAACUUACUAUCAACCCUCUCAGUUUCUCGUUGUCAAUGGCUUACAGUUACGCAACAACCCUGUGGCUGUCAUGGAGAGUGUGCAGAAAUUCCUUGGUGUUGCCCCUCACUUCAACUACACUCAGGCUCUAAUGUACGACGACAACAAGAAUUUCUGGUGUCAGAUGGUGGAAGGUGGCAAGUCAAAGUGUUUAGGCAAAAGUAAAGGAAGAAAAUAUCCAGAGAUGGAUUCAUCGUCCCGGACAUUCCUGACCAAUUACUUCAGGGAGCACAACAUUGAACUAUCAAAACAGCUAAACAAAUUGGGACAGUCACUGCCCAGUUGGCUGAGGGAGGAACUACAACAUAGCAGCUGGAGUUGAAGAGUGAGGGGUCUGGUCAGUUUUGCCAUCACUCUUAGGACACUUUCAUGCCCACUGACCUCUCUUCCAUUUUAUCAACUCAUGUGACACAAGCAGCAUGUUCAAGGAGGCAAUGGAGUUUGACACAAUUCUAGGUUCCUGAAGACAAAUUUGCAAAGGCUUGACACAUCAACUUAAAAAGAUUCGAGUCAGCUUUGCUGGAACCAGGAGCACUCUGGGAUGUCACUCUGGUGAGCGAUGGAAUCAUUGUUCGUGACAGCCUCGGACUUCCCCCAAUACUGGAAACUUUCAAGAACCUGCCCCUAAUCCUUGUGGUGUUGAAGUGUAUCCCUCAAGUGUCAAACUGUGGAAUGAUCGUUACAUCAGCUGCUUUUACAAUGGUAGUGUCCUGUCCACUAAACAUUGACAUUGUUGGGAUUAGUUUAUGCCCUUCACCGUGUUAACAACACUGCUCUACUCCAGGUACUAAUCAUGUGCGUACCAAUUAAUUACUUAAUGUGUACAUAAUUUCCCUGAGGCAAUAAUUUUCAGCUGCAAUGCAGAGAAAUGGGCAUGAGUAUCACAGCAGAACAGGGCCUGUUCCUCAGAUAGUUACCUCAAAUUGUUUCACGACGCCCCGCUUUGAAUAGUCCCUGUAAGUCAUUGAAAAAUGGCAUUGAAAAAUGUGCAACUUUAGUUUUUAAAAAAAAAAAAUCAGUGUUGGUGUGAAAAAUGUCACCUUGGUUACAGGUGGGCUGUUAAAAGUUCCUUACAGUUGCUACAUUUUAAAAGGCAACCACACGGUUUUUAAAUGGGCUAAGGUGAGGAUUUCAGCUUCCGUUGGUCUGGGAGGAGAAAGCGCAGAAAGCCCCUUUUAUCUUUGACUCUUCCGCCUCACAGUACGUUUCACCUAUUGUGUCAUUCACAUUGAAUGAUGUUAUUGGAGAAUUUUACUCUCAACAGGCUGAACAUAUUUUCUGCAAUGCAACAUCCAGUGGAUUGAGCGCUUUUUUUUGGUGUAAAUUUUGUGGUUGAUGUGAUGUACUUUGCAAGGCCUUAAAACUCUCUCCACAAUAGCUGGGCAAAAACUAUGAUGUACAAAAAUGAUCCAGCCAGCCUAACAAUCUGACAGGUUCCUGGAAUUCCUCCCUCAACUGUGAAGUAAAGCAAAAAUCGGCAAGAUAAAUUUAUCUUCCUUAACUUCAGUAACUGCAAUCUAAGCAUCUCCAUUCCAAAACCAAGCAUUUAAUAUAGGGCCUUUACAAGCAGAGUACUGCAUUUUUUUUGUGUACUUUAAUCAAAAAUAAUUGUGUAUGUAUUCAACACAGCACAGAAUGGUUGGAUAAUAAAGUUUUUUUUUGUUGUCAACAAAA